AUGUGUAAAUGGAGGCGGUUUCUGGGGUUUCCAGUGAGCGUGUCCAAAGGGCACCGUCUUUCUGCAUCCAGCUCUUCUGCAUGGCUUCUGGCCGCGGCUGUUCAAAAGGCGUUGGCUUUGGGAGCCGGGCUGCUAAAGACAAACAGUGCCUAUCAUAUGGCACUUGACGGGAUCAGCAGCAUCCGGGACAGCCAGGCCACAGCCGAGAUGACCUUCUUUGCCGGCCUUCUCUUCUGCCUUCUCAGCAGUCUCCUUUCCAGCUCCUGGGCAGAAGCCCCGCAGGCCAAGGUGCAGGCCAAGUCUCGCUGCCCUUCCGGCGCUUUCUCCUACAAGGAAGGCGUGGCCUGGUUCUGCUACGAGUUCUAUGGAUACCAACUGCCCUUUGAGGAUGCUGAGGCCAUAUGUCAGCAGAGCAGGAGUGGGGGUCACCUGGCGUCCAUCCCCAGUGCGACCCAGAUGCGGCUGAUGGGCGGUUACGUCUCUCAAGUCAACCAGGGGAAGGGUGAGGUGUGGAUCGGGCUACAUCGGCACCAGAACUCAGACAUGGCCCGUGGCUGGCGGUGGACCGAUGGUUCCUUCUUCAGUUACACCAACUGGCUUGGCGGAACACCCAACAAUAUUGGCGGGAGACAGCUCUGCGUCGUCCUCACCCCUGGGUCAGGAUUUAGGAGCUGGGACGAUGCCACCUGCAGCUAUGGGAGGUCUUUCCUCUGCAAGUGGAGAGCACCUUAGUGC